AUGACAAUCCUUAAAUCAACUCUCAUUUCACGGGAGCCCUUGGAGCCCCAAGAAGCCAAAUGGAAACGCUUAGUCAAAACCAACUACAUCGACCCUAAUGGGGUAAAGAGAGAUUGGGAAUCUGCUGAGCGCCAGACACGACCCUCUGAUUCCCAAGUUGACGGUGUCGGAAUCGUCGCAUUCUUGAACAAAGAAAGUGGCACUGAACUGCUCCUUGAAAAGCAAUACAGACCUCCAAUCGACCAGGUUGUCAUCGAGCUCCCAGCAGGCUUGAUUGACCCUGGGGAAACAAUAGAGCAAACUGCGGUGCGAGAGCUAAAAGAGGAGACCGGUUAUAUCGGUGUUACCGAUCAAACCAGCGGUAUCAUGUAUAACGAUCCGGGCUUCUGCAACACUAAUUUCAACAUGGUCUAUUUGCAAGUUGAUAUGUCCCUUCCGGAAAAUCAAAACCCGAAGCCUGAUCUGGAGGAUAAUGAGUUCAUAACAUGUUUUACAGUCCCAGUGGCCCAUCUCCAUGCCGAGUUGCAGAAGUUGGAAAGCGAGGGAUACGCGAUUGAUGCGAGAGUUGGAUCAAUUGCGGCAGGAAUCGAGAUCGCUAAAAAGUUGAGAAUUUAA